AGCCCAGCGGGAACAUGGCAGCCAUGUGGAGCUCUCCCAGGGGGUCUCGGGCACUGGCUGCACAGGGCCAGGGCGGCUCGUGGGAGGUGAGGAGGGAGAGGACUCCAGGGGGGAAUGACCUGUCACUAGGGCCUCAGGACGAGGGCAGGUGGGUCACAAGAGUGACAGAUUCCAGACUCCUGCCAGUCACCUCAAGAUCCUCAAUUUUGUCCCUGAAGGUGCCGGUGUCAUUCGAGGACGUGACUGUGGACUUCAGCAGGGAGGAGUGGCAGCAGCUGGACUCCAGUCAGAGGCGCCUGUACCGGGACGUGACGCUGGAGAACUACAGCCACCUGCUCUCAGUGGGGUAUCAAAUUCCCAAACCAGAGGUCAUCUUCAAGUUAGAGCAAGGAGAGGGACCAUGGACACUGGAGGAGGAAAUCCCACAUCAGAGCUCUUUAGGUGAAGAUAUUGGGCAAACUCAACAACAGAGAAUUUCUGGAGCAGUUUCAUUCCACCAUGGGAAAUCUGGUCAAUCCAUAAGAGAAGAUUCAUUCUCUUCCAUUUUAGAAGAAUUAUGGCAAAAUAAUGAGCAGCUAGAGAGCUAUCAGGGAAACCAGAAUAACCCCUUAAGUCAUGUGAAAGUAUUAACUAAGGAGAGGAGCCAUGAGUGUCAAAACGUUGAAAAAAUAAUUCAUGUGAAUACCAAACUUGCUCCCUCAAUUAAAAAACUCCAUAACUGUGAUAUAUAUGGAAAGAAUUUGAAGCAUACUUUAAACUCAUAUAAUCAUAAUGGAGGCAAUGCAGCAAAGAAUACUGGUAAGAUUUUUGGGAAAGGUGCCCAUAGCUCCUCCUCUAAUGAGAAUGAGACUGCUGCUGCAGGCUUGAGUUCCUGUGAACCUUAUCAAUGUGAAACACAUCUUGGCCACAAACAAGUUCUCAUUCACCAUCAGAAAAGUCACACUGGGGAGAAACUUGAUGUAUGUACUGAAUGUGUAAAGGGCUUCCCUCAGAAGUCACAUCUCUUUGAGCAUCAGAGCAUUCAUGCUAGAGAAAAGUCCCAUAAAUGCAACAAAAGUGAGAAAGUCUUCACUCAGAAGCCUCAAGUGAGUGCACCUCAGGAUGUUUAUACAAGAGACAAGCCCUAUAUAUGUACUCAGUGCGGGAAGACCUUCAGUCUCAACUCAAACCUCAUUACACAUCAGAAAAUUCAUACUGGGCACAAACCAUAUAAAUGCAGUGAAUGUGGAAAAGCCUUUUUCCACAGAUCAUAUCUCUUUAGGCAUAUGAGAAUUCACACAGGAGAAAAACCUUAUGAAUGCAGUGAAUGUGGAAGAGGCUUCUCCCAAAAUUCAGACCUCAAUAUACAUCAGAAGACUCAUACUGGAGAGAAACACUAUGCGUGCAGUGAGUGUGGGAAAGCUUUCACCAGAAAAUCCGCACUGAGGAUGCACCAGAGAAUUCACACAGGAGAGAAACCCUAUGUAUGCUCUGAAUGUGGGAAGGCCUUCAUCCAGAAAUCACACUUCAAUACACAUCAAAGAAUUCAUACUGGAGAAAAACCUUAUGAAUGCAGUGACUGUGGGAAAUCAUUCACUAAGAAGUCACAGCUCCAUGUGCAUCAAAGAAUUCACACGGGAGAAAAACCCUACAUAUGCACAGAAUGUGGAAAGGUCUUCACUCAUAGGACAAAUCUCACGACCCAUCAGAAAACGCACACAGGAGAGAAACCCUAUAUGUGUGCUGAAUGCGGGAAGGCUUUCAGUGACCAGUCAAAUCUCAUUAAACACCAGAAAACACAUACUGGAGAGAAACCCUAUAAAUGCAGUGGCUGUGGGAAAGCCUUCAUAUGGAAGUCACGCCUCAAAAUACAUCAGAAAUCUCAUAUCGGAGAGAGACACUAUGAAUGCAAUGAAUGUGGGAAAGCUUUUAUACAGAAAUCAACACUAAACGUGCAUCAGAGAAUCCAUACAGGAGAGAAACCUUAUGUUUGUCCUGAAUGCGGGAAGGCCUUCAUCCAGAAAUCACAUUUCAUUGCCCACCAUAGAAUUCACACUGGGGAGAAGCCUUAUGAAUGCAAUGAGUGUGGGAAGUGUUUCACUAAGAAGUCACAACUCCGCGUGCAUCAGAAAAUUCACACUGGAGAAAAACCAAAUAUAUGUGCAGAAUGUGGAAAGGCCUUCACUGAUAGGUCAAAUCUCAUAACACACCAGAAAAUCCAUACUAGAGAAAAACCCUAUAAAUGCAGUGACUGUGGAAAAACCUUCACUUGGAAGUCACGCCUCAGUAUCCAUCAGAAAUCUCAUACUGGAGAGAGACAUUACAAAUGCAGUAAAUGUGGGAAGGCUUUCAUCCAGAAAGCAACACUUAGUAUGCAUCAGAUAAUUCACACAGGAAAGAAGCCCUAUGUUUGCACAGAAUGUCAAAAGGCCUUCACUGACAGAUCAAAUCUCAUUAAACACCAGAAAACUCAUAGAGGUGAAAAACCUUAUGAAUGUUCUGAUUGUGGAAAAGUGUUUAUCCAGAAAGCAAGUCUUGUUGUACAUCAAAGAAUUCAUACUGGAGAGAAACCUUAUGCUUGUUGUGAAUGUGAAAAAACCUUCAGCCAAAAGUCUACCCUUAUUGCUCACCAGCGAACUCAUACAGGAGAAAAACCCUAUGAAUGCAGCAUAUGUGGGAAGACUUUCAGUGGAAAAUCACACCUCUCUCUCCAUCAUAGAACUCAUACAGGAGAGAAACCUUAUGAAUGCAAAAUAUGUGGGAAAGCCUUUGGUGAGAAGUCCACUCUUACUGUACAUCAGAGAACUCAUACAGGAGAAAAGCCCUAUAUAUGCAGUGAAUGUGAGAAAGCGUUCAGUGAGAAGUCACCACUGGUUAAACAUAAGAGAAUUCAUACAGGAGAGAGACCCUAUGAAUGCAGUGACUGCAGAAAAGCAUUCAAUAGAAAGUCAACUCUGUUCAAACAUCAGAGAAUUCAUACAGGAGAAAAGCCAUAUAAAUGUAGUGAAUGUGGGAAAGCCUUCAGUGUGAAAUCAACUCUCAUUGUGCACCACAGAACUCAUACAGGAGAGAAACCUUAUGAAUGCAGGGACUGUGGCAAAGCCUUCAGUGGGAAGUCAGCUCUCAUUAAACAUCAGAGAAUUGUUUUACAGAGCAACCUUUCAAACUUUUCUUUUGCACUCAUGUUUAAGCAGGUCAAACAGCCCUGUCAGGCCUGUGAACAGCAGGUUCCAACGUCCCUUCUUCCCCAGACACAAUGUCAACACCGAAAAUUACCUGUCAUGAGCCAGAGCUCCACCGUCAGCCUCUUUACUCCCUAA